AUGGGCUCUGGACCCCAGAACACUUUCCCCAGAGCGUCCAUUUCCAAAGAGCCACAUUUGACGUUAGAUGACUCCAUGCUCUUGCGAGAUAUCAACGCAAGAGCACUCCAGGUCUGGGAUGAAGCUCAGGAGGCCGAGUGCCAGGCUCUGAGGCAGCAGCUGCAGCAGGAGAUGGAGUUACUCAAUGCGUACCAGAGCAAGAUCAAGAUUCAGACCGAGGCUCAGCACGAGCGCGAGCAACAGAAACUGGAGCAGAAAGUCUCACUGCGCCGAGCACACCUUGAACAGAAGAUUGAGGAGGAGCUGGCUUCUCUUCAGAAAGAGCGCACCGACCGAAUCAAGCACCUGCUGGACCGUCAGGAGAGAGAAAUCGACGCCUUCGAUAUGGAGAGCCUUCGUAUGGGUUUCAAUAACUUGGGUGCUUUGGACUACCCUAAAGAUGACUACAGAUGAGACCGAACACUCCAGCAUCCUGCCUCUGUCCUGCUCGACCACUUCUUGUUGUUGUUGUUGUUUUGCAACAAAUCUGCUUUUUUCUACUGACGGUCCUGUCAAUCCUCUGGGCUGGUGCGGAUAACGUGCUGGAUUACAUGCUUUAGUUGUCUCUUUUUAUAUAUGAAUAUUACAUACGAGACGAUUAAAUCUGUCACAGUGUUGAUGUUGACGUUUUCUCGUGCAAUGAUAACACUUCCAUUGUAAUUCAAAUGAGAGAUUUCAAGACAAAAGCAAUAUGAACGGGGGUUUGUAUUGCUCAUUUUAAUCUAGAUGCACUUGUGCACAAUUUUUUUUUUUUGGCUAAUCUUUUUGACCGGCUGUGUGAUUUAAUAAUUUUUUUAAUUAAAAAAAAUGUUUUUGCAGCCUCUAGCUGCUUGAAUCUCUAUUUGGUAUUUAUUCACCCACAGGAAAUGAAAAAAUACCUUUUAUUAAGUACUGAAGAAAUUUGAUAACGUUUGCAUAUUAAAACAAAUUUUAAUAGUUGCAUCUGUGACUCCCGAGAUUCUUAUGGUAAUUGAAUAUAAAUUGUUUUCAUAUGCACGAUACCGUAAUUCACCUCAUCUGAGGUGCACAAUGUGAAUAAUGCAUACGUCAAUCCUAACUUGUGGUACCUGCACAAAGGGCUGAAGGGGAAGGGACAUGUAUUUUGUGUAUAGAAGGCUUUAUGGAGAACUUACUUAUUUUCCUAUUACAUUUUAACUGAAUUUCAAUUUCUUUUUAUAUUCAUGCACACACAUCUAUAUAUAAUAAAUGUUUUGCCACCCUUUCCCUCCUGCAGUCACUGGUGAAAUUGUCUCAUUUCAUGAUUGGGGUUUCUGUUUCGAUUCUGGGCAUCCUCUUCCGGCUGUGUAUUUUCUACAAAGUCUCAAAUAGUGAACAAAAACGCUUUACUGUCGCAUGCACUUUACAUUUGUUUUCAGGUUAAGAGGCAUGAUUCUGUCAGAGCUUUUAAUUAUAUUUGUAAAUAAAGUGCUCGUCACACAAGCGGUGUCUUAUUGUAGUCUGGAACAUUUUAUUCCAAUGUGUUUAUUUCCAGCAUGCUGCAGUGAGAAUUUUGUGAAAUUAAAGGUGUGGCCACAAAUCCAACAUAAAUUUGCCUUGCAUUGUAUUUAAAGGUGCAAAGUCUUGUUUUUUAACUGAAGGCA